AUGCACAAAUUAUAUCAUUAUAACAAAUAUUUCCUAUCGAAAUCAUCAUAUUCUACAAAUUCUGACUUAGAAGUGAUUGUUGUUGGUUUAAACAAAACUGGAACAAGUUGUUUAAAAUCUGCUUUAGAAACAUUAUAUCAUGGAUCACCAUGUUUUCAUUAUACUGAUUUAUUAUAUGAAUCGAAUGAAACUAUAGAAAAAUGGUUAGAAUUACAUUUAUGCCAGCAUCAAACACGUGUGAAUGGUUUUCAUUAUAAUACACAAGAACUGUUGAGGAUGUUAUUGAAAAAUUAUAAAUCUGUAUCUGGUAUACCGAUUACAUCAUUCUUAAAUGAUUUAUUACAAAUGUUUCCUAAUGCUAAAGUAAUUUUAACCGUACGUAAUGCUGAAUUAUGGCAUGCUGCUUGUCGAGCCAAUCUUAUUCCAUAUCGAUCCAAUAAUAAUUCGAAAUUAUUACAAUUCAUUCAAAAAUUCAACAUUUUUUCAUGGUUAACUGAUUUGGAUCGUUUGAAAUUGUUAUCUUUACAAAAUACACUUGGAAAAACAGUGAAUUUAAAAAAUGACAAUGAAUUAAUUACAGCUUAUAGUCGAUGGAAUGAUCAUGUGAAAUCAAUUGUACCAAAAGAACGUUUACUAAUUUAUAAUAUUAAACAAGGUUGGCAACCAUUAUGUGAAUUUUUACAUAAACCUAUACCAUGUUGUACAUUUCCUGGUCGAAAUACUCCUCUCUCUGUAUGUAAUAAUAUGAUACGUUAUAGUAAAACAUUAUUUCAUUUUUCACUUUAUACUUUAAUUUAUUUAUUUAUGUUUUAUUAUUUUUUAAAUAUGUUAAGAUAAAUAAAUGAUGAUUAUUUAUUGAAAAGGAAAGUUUGAUAUUGACGCUCUUUUUUUCCUCUUUUAAAUUGCGCGCGCGCGCGCGAAAACAUAUUCAUUACAAGUUAAAACAAACAAACAACACACAAAUCACAGUUUUCUUCAUUAUGAUUAUCUUUCGACUGUUGCAGCUCUUCUUGAUACAAAAAAUCCCUUCCCUGAUCACUUGUUUAG